ACUUGCCACCAUCCUUGUCUGGGAAUAGCCACGUUGGAGGAACACUGUGAAAUAUUAAUGCUCAAUAAUGGUCGUCUAUAACACAAACUUGGCCUUUCCUCAUUCUUUGCUGUGGUACACUCACAUACAACGGGUCUCAAGAGCGUCAAGAGCAUGCCGUCUGGAACGCGAGUAGACAGAUAAGAAUUUUGAAGUCACCCUUUUUGUCAACCAAGAUGUUGGUUCGAACAUACGACCAUCCAAUCUUUCUCAUUAAGCUGGGCUUCACAAAUUGAACAACUCCGAAGGUACUCCAUUAGAAAUGUCACCUCGACCGUAUAUAAAGAUGGACAUUGUCUGCUCAACAAUGUCCUUCUCAAUCAGCAAUCGAUCGCUUUCUUCCAAUCCUCUGUACAACUUACAAUCAUUAUGGCUGCUCCUUUUCCAUCCCCAACCUCAAAGUGGCACACUGAAACAUAUCAAUCCAUAUCUCCUUCCCGGCCCGAGCUUUCUGCCAAAGGUAAAACCGUCUUAAUCACUGGAGGCGGUACUGGCAUUGGUGCCGAAACAGCUCGCUCCUUUGCCGAAGCCGGCGCCUCUCGAAUCGCCCUCCUCGGCCGCAGAGAACAACCUCUCUUCGACACCAAAGCCCUCAUCAAGGGCAAGUACCCCAGUGUCGAAGUCUUUGUGGCCUCCACCGAUGUCACAAACAAGAAGGAAGUAGACGCAGCCUUCGCCAAGUUCGUCGGCGACGGAAAACUCCACAUCUUGGUUAGCAACGCAGCCAUGAUCGGGCCCCAGGAGGCCGUUCAAGAUGUUGACAGCGAUAAAUUCCUCGAAGCCGUUCAUCUGAACCUCAAAGGAUCGUUGAACGUUGCGAAAGCGUUCCUUCACUACGCAUCAACUAACGCCGUCGUGAUCGAGAUAAACUCAGCCGCUGCACAUUUCAACCUUGCCGAUAGAUUUGCUUGUUACAGCACCGCCAAGCUUGCAGUAUAUCGGCUUUGGGAUUCUCUGGCCUUUGGACACCCGGAAUUAAGCGUCUUUCACGUCCAGCCUGGCGUUGUGGACACGGAUAUGAACAGAGAAUCUGGUGGCAUCAAGGCUGUCGGCUUCGAAGAUAAUGUUUCCCUGCCAGCAAGCUUCAGUGUUUGGCUCGCAAGCCCUGAAGCCCAGUUCUUGAAGGGCAAGUUUCUGUAUGCAAAUUGGGAUGUAGAUGAACUCAAGGCCAGAGCAAAAGAGCUCGAGUCCACUACGCUACUUAACAUUGGUGUUGGUGGAUGGCCAUUUGAGGCUACCAACUGGAAAGGGGCUUGGAAAUUUGAGACGACUUAGACUGUGAGAAAUUGGCUAGAGAGUGUAUCUCAAACAGCAAUACGACAAUAAGAUUGGAAGCCGGUAGUAGAUUUUCUAAGCUACAAUGCAACACGUUCAGAG